AUGCUGUGCCCCAGACACCGGCCAGCGCUCACCCUCUGCUCCACUGGCCCAGCCCUGGGGCCUUCAGGCUCACUCUGGCCUGAGGAAACUGGCUUUUCUCAUUUCACAAUGAGCAACUGGUUUCCCGUGGUCAACUGGGGGACUCCCAGCCACCUGAGUCUGGGCCAUUUCCCUAGGUCUUCAGGUAGGCCCUGGGCUGGGGGUGACUUCAGUCCCAGACAAGGGAUUCCCCCUGACUUCCCUAGUUCACCUUUGACUCUCCAGUUUUCUCUGGGGUCCCCCAGAAGUCUGGCACCAGAGGCCCCUCGUCCAGCUCUUCUGGUCCCCCCACCACGCCUUCCCUUCCUGCUCUCCCAGUCUUGGGGGUUCCUGUCAGGUGGUGCCCAUGAGACUGAUGUGCUUCUCUCUGUGGCUGCAGAAGUCGGGGACUUCCUCUCCCUGGACCUGGGCGGCACCAACUUCAGGGUGAUGCUCGUGAAGGUGGGGGAAGGGGAGGAGGGACAGUGGAGUGUGAAAACCAAGCACGAGAUGUACUCCAUUCCUGAGGAUGCCAUGACGGGCACUGCUGAGAUGCUCUUCGACUACAUCUCUGAGUGCAUCUCCGACUUCCUGGACAAGCAUCAGAUGAAGCACAAGAAGCUGCCCUUGGGCUUCACCUUCUCCUUUCCUGUGAGGCACGAAGACAUCGACAAGGGCAUCCUUCUCAACUGGACCAAGGGCUUCAAGGCCUCGGGAGCAGAAGGGAACAACAUCGUGGGGCUCCUGCGAGAUGCCAUCAAACGGAGAGGGGACUUUGAGAUGGAUGUGGUAGCAAUGGUGAAUGACACUGUGGCCACGAUGAUCUCCUGCUACUAUGAAGACCGCCGGUGUGAGGUUGGCAUGAUUGUGGGCACGGGCUGCAACGCCUGCUACAUGGAGGAGAUGCAGAAUGUGGAGCUGGUGGAAGGGGACGAGGGCCGCAUGUGUGUCAACACCGAGUGGGGCGCCUUUGGGGACUCAGGCGAGCUGGACGAGUUCCUGCUGGAGUAUGACCGCGUGGUGGACGAGAACUCCCUGAACCCGGGCCAGCAGCUGUACGAGAAGCUCAUCGGCGGCAAGUACAUGGGCGAGCUGGUGCGGCUCGUGCUGCUGAAGCUUGUGGACGAGAACCUGCUCUUCCACGGGGAGGCCUCGGAGCAGCUGCGCACGCGCGGCGCCUUCGAGACGCGCUUCGUGUCGCAGGUGGAGAGUGACUCGGGAGACCGCAAGCAGAUCUACAACAUCCUGAGCACGCUGGGGCUGAGGCCGUCGGCCACCGACUGUGACAUCGUGCGCCGAGCUUGCGAGAGCGUGUCCACGCGCGCCGCGCGCAUGUGCGCCGCGGGGCUGGCGGGCGUCAUCAACCGCAUGCGCGAGAGCCGCAGCGAGGACGCGAUGCGCAUCACCGUGGGUGUGGACGGCUCGGUGUACAAGCUGCACCCCAGCUUCAAGGAGCGGUUCCACUCCAGCGUGCGCAGGCUGACGCCCAGCUGUGAAAUCACCUUCAUCGAGUCGGAAGAGGGCAGCGGCCGGGGCGCCGCCUUGAUCUCCGCGGUGGCCUGUAAGAAGGCCUGCAUGUUGGGCCAGUAAGAAUAAAGGCUGCAAGGCAAGGAGGAGACUGUGGCCAGCCGCUGGACCUGGGCUGCAGGGGACACGGUCCUCCCAACCAGGCCUAAUCCAGAGGCUUCUUCCUUGUAAGGACCCUGGAUGCCUCCCAUCCCUGUUGUCACACCAGAAGAUGGGGAAAGCCUCUCCGGAGGAUGCGGAGGGCACCCCGGGGCAGGCCUCUUCUCUGGGGUCCCUUGAUGGGACAGCCCCAGGGCCCUGACUGGGUAAGGGGCUGAGGCGAGCAGGAAUGGAGAACCUUCAAAGUACCUCGCCUUUCUUGCUGGAAUCAAGGGCCCAGAAGGGAGUUAUUCACUCAGGAUUUUGUUGCAUUUCUGCACUGCUUGCCUCUUGGAGCUUUCAGCCUGGCUCGGCCCUGGCUCUGGGAAGGGAGUGCCCUCUGGACCCUACUAUGGCCUGGCUUCCCUGAGAACUCAGCCCACAUGAGGAGGCAGCCCUCAUGACGUGGCCAGACCUAGACCUGGCUUCCACAGGGGACCCUGGGAGCUGCUGAUCACCCAGGCCCGGGAAAUGGAAGGGACCAGCUCCACAGUGUAGGCUGCGGGUACCCUGAGGCCUGGAGAUGGCAGCCUUUUCCCUUCUAUCCUGCCAUCCCUGAAUGGUUUGUGGUUCUGGGAUGGACCCUCACAAGAGGUACAAGGGACAGAGCCCCCAAAGCCCCUGCCCAGAGGGGCUCAGGAAAAGGAGGAGUCCCCCUACCCACAGACAGGCCUGGGAGCAUCUCCAGGAUCGAGUUCUUGGCUCUCACGGUACUUGGCACUCAGACACCCCGGCAGCACUCCACACACCCCCAAGGGACAACCUAGGCCUCUUUCUUCUCACCAGACCUCCAUGUACCACACCAACCUCUCCAUGCCCAACCUGGAACUGUGUGGGUUUUUUAAUUAAAAGUUUAAAA